GAUCUUACGUAGUAUAACCUUAGAUACAUACCUAUGAUGCAUACUGAUAAAUACUCCAUGAUAGGUACUAUAAUAAUCAAAGAGAAUUAUAAUUCUCUUUAUCUAAAAAUUUAUUGCAAUUUUUUUUAUUUUGUAAUGGACAUAAAAAUGCACAAAUAAUUGGAAAUACAAUUUGAUUAAUCAAUAAACAAGUAUUAUGUCUAAGUACCAUGCAGAUUGUACCAAGCCAACUACACAUCACGAGGUAAAUAAAUCAAAAUGUAACCAACCCAAACUAACAUCCAAGCCUUUCUGCGACUGCAGUUACUGCAUGUGUAAAGAUUGCCCUGAUAUUUUAAAAAUGUUUUCUAUCAAUGUAACUGAGAAUUCGUGUGAUUUCGGUCCAAAGGUUGGUAAAGAUAAAAUUAAUAAUGAAACAGAAAAGUCCGAAGAAACGGUACAAGAAAUUGCCAAUUUAUUAGAAAACUUGGACCAAGACCGAGCCUGUGGGUGCGAAGUUGUUGCACGAGCGGUGGGAUCAGACAUCCAUAGAAAUCUAGGCUUGUCAGAAUUAAGGGCCGCGACCCAUUCUGAGAACACUACCACCAAGGAACCAAAAUAAAUUACGCACGAAGAGUAAAAAAGUUCUGCUGUUUUUAUUUAUUAUAUUUCAAAGAUUUACAAUUAAACAAAGACGUAAUAUCUGUGUUGCAAACGAAAUUAAAAUUAUUUAUUAUCCACACCAGCGAAUUAUUGAUCCGUUUUAUAAAAUAAAAUUCAUUAUAGCAAAUUUAAAACUAUAGUUUCCACACUUAUUUACUCCAUAUUCUGAUCAUAUAUUUAUCGCACAAAAAAAAUUAUACACAUAUUUCAUUUGGC